CUGGCCACUCACCCCUCUCCUCCCCUCCCCCUCAGCCCUGUUUUGGUCACACACUUGGGCACACACACACACCUCCCUGCCCUUGUGGUCACUCUGCCCUUACCCCCUCCUCCAGUCCCGAGGGUGCCUCCUGGCUCGGGUCUAGUCUGGUGCUCAGUUAAAGAACCCAGCUGGGAGUGGGAUAGGACCGUCUGUCCUCUGCUCCUGGGAGGUCACAGAGCACACUCACAGCGCAGGUCCCCACAGGAGCAGCUGGAAAAGCCUGCACCAUGAGGCGGAGUGGCACGGCCCUGUCCUUCCUGUGGACUGAGCGAGUCCGAGAGCCAGUGGAUUCUGGAGUGGCCCCUGUCAGCCCCCUAGGUGGGGGUGUGAUCCUGAGACGGUUCUCAGGGACCCUGCUGCUGCCUCCACUGUCCAGCCGCCUGGGGUCCUCUGGGGAGGCGGAGUCUGCUGCCCACGUGGUCUUCACAAUUGGAACUCAAGGGACACAGAGAAACCUUGGCUCAGCUCAGAGCAGCUCAUGGAGACCCAGCUUGUCGGCCCGCGCAGGGGUUCCCCGAUCCCCGAAGCACCUGUGGGGGCAGCUACAGCGCCCCAUCCGCAUCCAGCGGCGCUUCCACUCGGACCCAGAGCGCCCUGAUCGGCCCGCGCCGGUAAAGUCGCGGCUCUCGUGGCCCAGUUCCUUUCACCGCCGCUUUGACCUCGAAAAUGGGCUUCCGGGCGGCAAGGGUCUCCUAGACGCUCAGUCCGGGCCGAGUCUCGGCCGCGCCCUCCAGCCCCCUGUCCAUCAUGUCCAGCGGCGCGAGUCCUUCCUGUACCGUUCGGACAGCGACCAUGAACCUUCACCCAAGGCUGUGUCCCGGACCUCCUCGGCGGCCAGUGACCUACAUGGAGAAGACAUGAUUGUCACGCCCUUCGCCCAGGUCCUGGCCAGUCUCAGGACGGUCCGUAACAACGUGGCUGCCCUUGCACAUGGCCCGGGUAGUGCCACCAGGCAGGUGCUCCUGGGAACCCCUCCGCACAGCAGUCAACAGGCAGCCCCAACAGAGGACUCUGGGCUGCAGCUGGUGCAGGAGACCCUGGAGGAGCUGGACUGGUGCCUGGAGCAGCUGGAGACACUGCAGACUCGUCGCUCAGUGGGCGAGAUGGCCUCCAACAAGUUCAAGCGCAUGCUCAACCGUGAGUUGUCUUACCUGUCGGAAACCAGCCGCUCAGGGAACCAGGUGUCGGAGUACAUCUCGCAGACUUUCCUGGACCAACAGGCUGAGGUUGAGCUGCCUCAGCCGCCCACGGAAGACGACCCAUGGCCCAUGGCCCAGAUCACUGAGCUGCGUAGGUCCUCCCACACCAGCCUUCCCACAGCUGCUAUCCCACGCUUUGGGGUCCAGACAGAUCAGGAGGAGCAGCUGGCUAAGGAGCUUGAAGACACCAACAAAUGGGGACUUGAUGUGUUCAAAGUGGCUGAGCUGAGUGGGAACCGGCCUCUCACAGCUGUCAUAUUCAGCGUCUUCCAGGAACGAGACCUCCUCAAGACGUUCCAGAUCCCAGCAGACACGCUGCUGGCGUACUUGCUGACACUAGAGGGGCACUACCACUCCGACGUGGCGUACCACAACAGCAUGCAUGCUGCCGAUGUGGUGCAGUCCGCACACGUGUUGCUGGGCACCCCAGCCCUGGAGGCUGUGUUCACGGACCUAGAAGUCUUGGCAGCUAUCUUUGCAUGUGCUAUACACGACGUAGACCACCCGGGGGUCUCCAACCAGUUUCUCAUCAACACCAACUCAGAGCUGGCACUGAUGUACAAUGAUUCAUCGGUGCUGGAGAACCAUCACCUCGCGGUAGGCUUCAAGCUCCUGCAGGGGGAAAACUGCGACAUCUUCCGGAACCUCAGUACCAAGCAGAGACUGAGUCUGCGCAGGAUGGUCAUAGACAUGGUGCUGGCCACAGAUAUGUCUAAGCACAUGAGCCUUCUGGCCGACCUCAAGACCAUGGUGGAGACGAAGAAAGUGACCAGCCUUGGCGUCCUGCUCUUGGACAACUACUCUGACCGCAUCCAGGUUCUCCAGAGCCUGGUGCACUGCGCUGACCUCAGCAACCCCGCCAAGCCGCUACCCCUCUACCGCCAGUGGACGGAGCGCAUCAUGGCCGAGUUCUUCCAGCAGGGUGACCGGGAGCGAGAGUCGGGUCUGGACAUCAGCCCCAUGUGCGACAAACACACAGCCUCGAUGGAGAAAUCCCAGGUGGGAUUCAUUGACUACAUCGCUCAGCCAUUGUGGGAGACAUGGGCUGACCUAGUGCACCCCGAUGCUCAGGAGCUUCUGGACACCUUGGAAGACAACAGAGAGUGGUAUCAGAGUAGGAUUCCCUGCAGCCCUCCACACACCAUGGGCUCGGACAGGUUCAAGUUUGAGCUGACCCUGGAGGAAGCAGAGGAAGAGGAGGAAGAGGAGGAUGAAGGGCAGUGCACAGCACUGAACAGGGAGUCCUCAGAGUUACCCAGCACUUAACUCCUGUCCUCUAAGGCCAGCCCAGAGCCCAGGGUCUGCUUUGUCCAACAAGAGUUGGGCUAGCUUAGUGUGGACCGUGGAGUCCUGGUCAGGCCAUGGGCACCUAUGGGCACUGAUGACGUUCCACCACUCAAAGAGGACAGCCAAGGUUUACACAGAGCCAAGCCUGAGGGAGGCUGGGACCAGCUCUGCCCACAGACUGGAAUGGCACCAGCCCUGGGAAGCGCCGACUCCUGCAUCUCAGAAGACAGACUUAGACUCAGCUGCAGUCUGCACGUCAGCUUCAGCACAUGCAGUCGGACUCUGUGUUAUGGUUUAGUUGGUUUCUUUUUUGGCACUAAAGAUGGAACCAAUGUUGCCUUCACCAGUCCAGCUGCAAGCCUUUACUGAGUCCCUCGGGGGAAUCCCUUUCGUAAAAUGCGGGCGGGGAACACUUCCCACUGAGGUCUGGUGUCUCCUGACACCAUUGGCUGCACAAGACUCUUCUUAGAUAUCAGGAGGCCGGUGACCCUCCUAGAAGACCACUGCAGGCCUCAGUCCUCCCAUCAAUGAGGAUCCCCGUCUCCGACAAGAUUGGGCUUCUCAAACCAGUGUGCUGGUGCACCUCUCUUCACCAUAGGCAUCCCCCAGACUUGGCUGUGUGUGUGUGGAGACAGCUGGUCCAGGCUGGGCAGCCUGACUAGAAAUAAAAAGAGCUGGAAGUGGGCUGGAAAGAUGGCUCAGUGGUUAGGAGCACUGACUGUUCUUCCAGAGGUCCUGAGUUCAAAUCCCAGCAACCACGUGGUGGCUCACAAUCAUCUGUAAUGGGAUCUGUUUUUUGUUUUGUUUUGUUUUGUUUGUUUGUUUUCGAUACAGGGUUUCUCUGUGUAGCCCUGGCUGUCCUGGAACUCACUCUGCAGACCAGGCUGGCCUCGAACUCAGAAAUCCACCUGCCUCUGCCUCCCAAGUGCUGGGAUUAAAGACAUGUGCCACCACCACUGUGUGGCCUGAAAUGGGAUCUGAUGCCCUCUUCUUUUGUGUCUGAAGAAAGCAAUGGUUACUCACAUAUAAUAAAUAAAUAAAUCUUUAAA